AUGAGUUUUGGAAGAUAAUCAAGUUAAGACUUAGAUGAAGAUGGAUUUAAUAAAAAUAAUAUUGAAAGAGAUUCGACAAAAUCUGAUUAAGUAGAAACAUAAAAUAUUGAUUAAAAUGAAGAAUAAUAUGAUACUAAAAUUAUUGUAUAAAGUAAUGAAUAAGUAAAAACAUAACAUAUGGGAUAAAAUCAUUAAUAAGAAGAUACUAAACUUAUUGAUUAAAAUUAUGAAGAAGUAGAAAAAUAAAAUGUUGAAUAAAAUAAUAAUUAAGUAUAAAAUUAAAUUAAUAAAUAAAAUAAUGAAUAAGUAGAAACAUAAAAUGUUGAAUAGAAGGAUAAAUAAGAAGAUACUAAACUUAUUGAUUAAAAAAAUGAAUAAGUAGAAACAUAAAAUGUUGAAUAGAAGGAUAAAUAAGAAGAUACUAAACUUAUUGAUUAAAAAAAUGAAUAAGUAGAAACAUAAAAUGUUGAAUAGAAGGAUAAAUAAGAAGAUACUAAACUUAUUGAUUAAAAAAAUGAAUAAGUAGAAACAUAAAAUGUUGAAUAGAAGGAUAAAUAAGAAGAUACUAAACUUAUUGAUUAAAAAAAUGAAUAAGUAGAAACAUAAAAUGUUGAAUAGAAGGAUAAAUAAGAAGAUACUAAACUUAUUGAUUAAAAAAAUGAAUAAGUAGAAACAUAAAAUGUUGAAUAGAAGGAUAAAUAAGAAGAUACUAAACUUAUUGAUUAAAAAAAUGAAUAAGUAGAAACAUAAAAUGUUGAAUAGAAGGAUAAAUAAGAAGAUACUAAACUUAUUGAUUAAAAAAAUGAAUAAGUAGAAACAUAAAAUGUUGAAUAGAAGGAUAAAUAAGAAGAUACUAAACUUAUUGAUUAAAAAAAUGAAUAAGUAGAAACAUAAAAUGUUGAAUAGAAGGAUAAAUAAGAAGAUACUAAACUUAUUGAUUAAAAAAAUGAAUAAGUAGAAACAUAAAAUGUUGAAUAGAAGGAUAAAUAAGAAGAUACUAAACUUAUUGAUUAAAAAAAUGAAUAAGUAGAAACAUAAAAUGUUGAAUAGAAGGAUAAAUAAGAAGAUACUAAACUUAUUGAUUAAAAAAAUGAAUAAGUAGAAACAUAAAAUGUUGAAUAGAAGGAUAAAUAAGAAGAUACUAAACUUAUUGAUUAAAAAAAUGAAUAAGUAGAAACAUAAAAUGUUGAAUAGAAGGAUAAAUAAGAAGAUACUAAACUUAUUGAUUAAAAAAAUGAAUAAGUAGAAACAUAAAAUGUUGAAUAGAAGGAUAAAUAAGAAGAUACUAAACUUAUUGAUUAAAAAAAUGAAUAAGUAGAAACAUAAAAUGUUGAAUAGAAGGAUAAAUAAGAAGAUACUAAACUUAUUGAUUAAAAAAAUGAAUAAGUAGAAACAUAAAAUGUUGAAUAGAAGGAUAAAUAAGAAGAUACUAAACUUAUUGAUUAAAAAAAUGAAUAAGUAGAAACAUAAAAUGUUGAAUAGAAGGAUAAAUAAGAAGAUACUAAACUUAUUGAUUAAAAAAAUGAAUAAGUAGAAACAUAAAAUGUUGAAUAGAAGGAUAAAUAAGAAGAUACUAAACUUAUUGAUUAAAAAAAUGAAUAAGUAGAAACAUAAAAUGUUGAAUAGAAGGAUAAAUAAGAAAAUACUAAACUUAUUGAUUAAAAAAAUGAAUAAGUAGAAACAUAAAAUGUUGAAUAGAAGGAUAAAUAAGAAAAUACUAAACUUAUUGAUUAAAAAAAUGAAUAAGUAGAAACAUAAAAUGUUGAAUAGAAGGAUAAAUAAGAAAAUACUAAACUUAUUGAUUAAAAAAAUGAAUAAGUAGAAACAUAAAAUGUUGAAUAGAAGGAUAAAUAAGAAAAUACUAAACUUAUUGAUUAAAAAAAUGAAUAAGUAGAAACAUAAAAUGUUGAAUAGAAGGAUAAAUAAGAAGAUACUAAACUUAUUGAUUAAGAUAAUGAAUAAGUAGAAACAUAAAAUAUUGAAUAAAAUAAUGAUUAAGUAGAAAAUUAACUUAUUGAAUAAAAUAAUGAAUAAGUAGAAACAUAAAAUAUUGAAUAAAAUAAUGAUUUAUUCCAAAAUAAACUUAAUGAAAAAAAUAAUAAAUAAGUAGAAAAAUAAUAUAUUUAAUAAAAUAAUGCAUUAGUAGAAACAUUACAUUUUGAAUAAACUAUUGAAUAUGGAUACAAUUAUAAAUAAUAAGAAACUUUAUCAAUUAAAUAAAAUUUAAUAUAAUUAUAAAUGAAUCAUUAAAUACCUUUUUAGAAUAAUGAUUAAUUUCAUCAGAAAAGAUAAAACAUAGAAUAACAGUAACAUAUUGAUACUUAAAUAAAAAUAGAAGAUAAUCAUAUCACUAAAGAUUGUUUACAUUAUUCUACUAAAAAAAGUAAAUUUAAAAUUACUUUUGACCCUUUAAAGUCAAGUCUAUUCAUUUUCAUUUUUUCUUUAUUUAGUUACAUAUAUUAAUUGAUUAUUCGACCUUAUGAUGAAAUUGUAAACAUUUUUCAAAAAGAAAAAAAAAAUAGAUAAUUAAAAAUAAAAAAAUCAAUUAAUUAAAUUUUUGACAAUUUUUAAUAACAUAAGCUACUUUUAACAAAUAUUUGCUAAUUUUUCUAAUAAAUUUUAUCUUAAACCAAAACCUUCCCUAAAUUAUUCGCAUUACUAAUUUGGAAUUUUAUUUUAUUUUUAUACAAUUUCACUUUACGAAUAAUUUUAGGACUAUUUUAUGAGAUUACUCUCAGUCUUACAUUAUUUUUAUUCAUCAAUAUAUUAAAACCAUGCUUUAGCUUUGUUUAUCAGAGAGUUUGUAUUCUUUGUUAAAUUUGUAGAAAUAGGAUAUUUCUACCAUGCUUAAGAUUUGUUUAAAAGAGUAGAUUUAUUUAUCGGAUCAAGUAUUGUGAUACUUAACCAGAUCCCUAACCUGAUCUUCUACCUGAGCUUUUACCUGAUCCUUAAACUGAUCUUCUACCUGAUCCUUAACCUAAUCCUCUACUGGAUACCCAACCUAUUCAAUCACUUAAUAAAGAUUAGCCAAUUGCAUUAUUAAUUGGAGAAGCUGGUGUUGGUAAGACAUCGAUUUUCAAUAAAAUUAACAAUCAAAGAACUGUUGAAUAUAAAUUCAUUGAUACAAAUUCUUUUGACUUCAAAAGUAAUAUUGAUUCAAGAGAAUAACAAAUCAAAUAAUUUUAAAGUAUCUUUGAUAGCUAUCCUAAUAAAGUGGCUACUUUAUUGAUUGUUGUUAAAUUUGAAAGAACAGAUAUUAUGAAAAAAUCUGCAUUAAAUGUUUUACCUUACUUUAAAAAGUUUUAAAGUUAAAUUAGCUUAAUUAUAAGCCACUUUGAAUUAAGUGAAGAUUAAGAAAAGGAUAAUAGUGACUUAUAGAAAGCCUUUAGAGUUUUUAAAUUUAAAUCUAUUUUAUUUGUAGGAAAGGAAACAACUUAAGAAGAAUUAAUAGAUUAAAUAAAAUAAUCUAAUUGUUUAAUUGAGAUUAAUCAAGAAUAUCAAUUUGAUUUAUAAGACACGAUAUUUGAGAAGCCUAAUGAUGAUGAUCAAGAUAUAAUAGUUGAUCAAUUAAGAAAGUCAUUCAGUUGA